AUGUCAGAACCCUGGAAUUCGGGGGGGAAAGCUCCUGGAUUGAACUACUCCAAGUUCUGUCCUUUCCACAGAUAUCCCGGUCAUGACUUAGAGUCAUGUUACACUCUCAAGGAUCUGAUUUAUGACUUGAAUGAUCAGAAUCGUCUCAAUUGGAAGGAAAUAGAGGCACAUGUGACAGGGCAGAAUCAAGGAAUUUAUCAGAACCCUUUGCCGGAUCACCAAGCAUUAUGUGAACAGACCAGAGAAUGGAAAUUGUUCGGUCCAGGAACCGCUUAUUGUGAGAAAGGCUCAAAGCAUUACUACAGUGGAAGUACAAAGGCCGAUAGAAGCACCCACAUGUCAAGUACAGUCGAUGGUUGA